CCGUUGCCACGGACGCCCGUCCGGCUUCUGACUCGGUCUGUCUUGCUGGGCUCCGGGUGCACCGCACAGCGCCAUGGACGACCUGCGGGUGCUGUGGAUGCGCGACCUUGUGUACUCGGCCUUCAGCAUCACUGACCCCCAGCUCUUCGAGGAGCUGCUGAACCGCGACGAUGGCGAGGCCGAGGACGUCAUCCUGCACUUCCUCAACCAGAUGAGCGACGAGGAGGGCGCCGCCACGCUCUUCUUCUACCGCACCGCGGUGCCGGAGGAGGUGGAGGUGGAGAUCGACAACCAGAUGCCUGCCCUGUCCGAAGAUGAGGAGGAGGAAGAACAGAGUGGGUCCGUGGAUAGAGGGCCAGUUAAGAAUUUGCUGAUGAGUGGCGAGUCCUUGGCUACUGCUAUCGGCACAGAGGAUGAAGAUUUGGAAAAUGUCCCCACCAAAAGGAUGGUGAAGCACUUUGUGGAGAAAACCUAUCUCCAGGUGCUCUGCACCCCGGUUCCCGAGGAGUUUCUGAACCAGACUGUGUUGUUUUUUCUCAGAAACACACAAGAGUCAAUCCCUGAGGCCAGCGACAUGAAGGAGGCGAUGGAGAUCAUGCCUGAAACGCUGGAGUACGGCAUCAUCAACGCCCACGUCCUUCACCUCCUGAGGGGCAUCAUUUGCCAGGUGUUUUUGCCAGCAUUGUCCUUCAACCAGCACAAGACGGACAUGACCCUGGGAGUCCCAUCUGCGAAGCCGUCUGAUUCUUUCUUAUACGACAGAGACCUGUCCGGGGAGCCGGUAGAGUACCACAGCGUCCAGCUCAUACGGGAUGAAUUCUUAAUGAACCUUCAGAAAUUUGCAAACAGCAUUCAGAGAACAAUGCAGCAGCUGGAAGGUGAGAUCAAGUUGGAAAUGCCAAGCAUCAGUUUAGAGGGCGAGGUGUCUAACCUGGCGGCUGAUCCAGACACCGUGGAAACCUUGGAGCAGUGUGUGAUAAACUGGUUGAAUCAGAUAUCUGCAGCUGUCGAGGGCCAGCUGAAGAAGACACCCCAGGGUAAUGGCCCUCUGGCCGAAAUUGAGUUCUGGCGGGAAAGAAACGCCACCUUAAGUGCCCUCUAUGAGCAGACAAAGCUUCCGACAGUCAGAAAAGUCUUGGAUGUGAUCAGGGAGUCGGACUCCCUGCUGGUGGCCAACCUGCAGCCAGUCUUGGCGGAGCUGUUCAAGUACCACAUCGAGGCCUCAGACAACGUGCGCUUUCUCUCCACUGUGGAGCGUCACUUCAAGAACAUCACACAUGGGGCCAGCUUCCAGGUGGUGCUGGACACCAUCCCCUCCAUGAUGAGCGCCCUGCGUAUGGUGUGGAUCAUCUCCCGGCACUACAACAAGGACGAGAGGAUGAUCCCGCUCAUGGAGCGUGUGGCCUGGGAAAUCGCCGACAGGGUGUGCCGGGUGGUCAACCUUCGCACCCUGUUCAAGGAGAACCGAACGAGCGCCCAACACAAAACCCUGGAUGCCAAGAACACCCUCAAGAUGUGGAAGAAGGCCUACUUUGACACCCGCGCCAAGAUUGAGGCCUCUGGCAGAGAGGCCCGGUGGGAGUUUGACCGGAAGCGGCUAUUUGAGAGGACGGAUUACAUGGCCUCCAUCUGCCAGGACCUCUAUGACGUUUUGCAGGUUAUGGAGGAAUUCUACAAUAUAUUUGGUCCAGAACUGAAGGCUGUGACAGGAGAUCCCAAGCGCAUCGACGAUGUCCUGUGCAGAGUGGACAGCCUGGUCACCCCCAUGGAAAACCUCACCUUCGACCCCUUCAGCAACAAGUCCGCCCAGUACUGGAAAUUUGUGAUGGACGACUUCAAGAUCGAAGUCCUGGUUAUUGAGAAAGAAGCAAAAAAUUUCAUUGAUGAAUCUUUUAAGACACUUCGAUCCGCCGAAGCGGCCUUUGACAUGCUCUUAAAAUUUAAGCAUAUUCGUUCGCGGGAGGCUGUGAAUCGGCAGAUGAUGAUGAAAUUUAAUGACAUUCUCGCCCAAUAUUGUAAAGAGAUCGACAUCGUGAAUAAGAUCUUUGUCAAGAACCUCGAAAACCCUCCUCUGUACAAGAACCACCCUCCGGUGGCGGGCUCCGUCUACUGGGAGCGGUCUCUGUUCUUCCGCAUCAAGCAUACCAUCCUCAGGUUCCAGGAAGUGGAGGAGAUCCUGGACAGCGAGCGGGGCCAGGAGGUCAAACAAAAAUAUCUGGAGGUGGGUCGGACGAUGAAGGACUACGAGGACCACAAGUACGAGCAGUGGAAGGAGACCACGGAGCAGGUCCUGCCCAACCUCAUGAAGAAGAGCCUGCUCACUAAGACAUCUGCCAACAAUGAGGAGGCGUCGACUCUGGAAAAGGGGGCUAUUUUUGUAAUCAAUUUUUCUCCAGCUCUCAAGGAGAUUAUUCAUGAAACCAAGUACUUGGAACAGCUGGGAUUCUCUGUCCCUGAACUCGCAAGAAACAUUGCUCUCCAAGAGGACAAAUUUCUUAGGUACACAGACGGGAUGCAGCGCAUGCUGGACCACUACCACAUGCUCAUUGGAACCCUGAAUGAGGCGGAGACUCUCCUCCUUGAUGAUCACUCACAGGAACUGGUCCGCGUGUUCAGAUCUGGCUACAAGAGGCUGAACUGGAACUCGCUAGGUAUUGCUGACUAUAUAAGUCGGUGCAAACAGGCCAUUGGGAAGUUCGAGUCUCUUGUCCACCAGAUUCACAAGAAUUCUGACGACAUUUCCUCCAGGCUCACGUUCAUAGAGUCCGUAAACCUCUUUAAAUAUCCAGCGCCUAAAAGUGAGGAGGAGCUCCCAGGAGUGAAGGAAUUCUUUGAGUACAUUGAGCGAGAGAGGGCCAGAGACAUCGAUCACAUGGUCCGGUGGUACCUGGCCAUCGGGCCACUGCUGACCAAGGUCGAGGGCCUGGUCAUCCACACAAACACCGGCAGGGCCCCUAAGCUGUCCGCCUACUACAAGUACUGGGAGAACAGGAUCUACGAGGUGCUGGUGAGGCUCAUCCUGAAGAAUCUACAGUCUUUUAAUUCUCUAGUCCUGGGGAACGUCCCUCUGUUCCAAGCGGAGACCAUUCUGACAGCUCCUGAGAUCAUCCUUCACCCCAAUAUAAACGAGAUCGACAAGCUGUGUGUCAACUGUGUCCGAAACUGCGUGGAGAUCACCAAGCAUUUUGUGCGAUGGAUGAAUGGCAGCUGCAUACAAUGCCCACCCCAGAAGGGGGAGGAAGAAGAAAUUGUUAUAAUAAGCUUCCACAAUGACAUCUGCGUGAACCCUCAGAUAAUUGAGCAAGCUGUCAUGAUCCCCCAAAAUGUCCACAGGCUGCUGGUCAAUCUCAUGAAGUACCUGCAGAGGUGGAAGCGCUAUCGACCCCUCUGGAAACUGGACAAAGCUAUUGUGAUGGAGAAAUUUGCUGCCAGGAGACCUCCUUGUGUGGCCUACGAUGAAAAGCUGCAGUUCUAUUCUAAGAUCGCUGGUGAUGUGAUGCGCCACCCGCUGGUCAAGGAUGAGCACUGCAUCAGACUGCAGCUGGGGCCACUGGCCAGUACUGUACAGGAAAAUGCCAAGUCCUGGGUGCUGUCACUGGGGAGGCUCCUCAAUGAGUCGGCUAAGGAGGAGCUGGAAAGUCUCCAAGAAGAGAUUGAGUCCCUGUCCAAAAAUCUUAAGAAGAGUCCCAGCACCCUUGAAGAGCUCAAGUUUGUUCUUGCAACAAUUGCAGAAAUUAAAAGUAAAUCUUUGGUCAUGGAACUAAGAUACAAGGACGUCCAGGAGCGCUACCGGACCCUGGCCAUGUAUAAAAUCUUUCCUCCUGAAGCAGAGCAAGAACAGGUUAACGACAUUGAGAGCAUGUGGGUCGGUCUCUUCAACGACGCGCUGAACGUGGAUCACGCUCUCGGAGGCAUAAAGAGAACGUUCACGGAGAUCACUCGGGGUGAAAUAAUGAACUACAAAUUACAGAUAGAGAACUUUGCAAAGCGCUUUUACAGCGAAGGCCCUGGUUCUGUUGGUGAAGACCUUGACAGAGGUGUAGAACUCCUAGGCGUUUUUGAAAAGGAGCUCGCAAAGCACGAGAAGAACCGCCAGGAGCUGGCCAACGCCGAGAAGCUCUUCGACCUUCCCAUCACGAUGUACCCGGAGCUACUCAAGGUGCAGAAGGAGAUGAACGGCCUUAGGAUGAUCUAUGACCUCUACGAGGGCCUGAAGGUCGCCAAAGAAGAAUGGUCCCAGACUCUGUGGGUGAACCUGAACGUGCAGGUCCUCCAGGAAGGCAUUGACGGGUUCUUCAGGGGCCUCAGAAAGCUGCCACGGCACAUCCGCACCCUGACGGUGGCCUUCCACUUGGAAGCAAAGAUGAAGGCCUUCAAAGAGUCGGUUCCUUUACUUCUGGACCUGAAACACGAGGCACUAAGGGACAGGCACUGGAAGGAGCUCAUGGAAAAAACAGGCGUCUUUUUCGAAAUGACCGAAACAUUCACCUUGGAAAACAUGUUUGCUAUGGAGCUGGACAAGCACACGGAUAUCCUCAAUGAGAUCGUCACAGCGGCCGUCAAGGAGGUGGCCAUCGAGAAGGCUGUGAAGGAUAUUCUGGACACAUGGGAAAAUAUGAAAUUCAACGUGCUCAAGUAUUACAAAGGCACUCAGGAGCGAGGCUACAUUUUGGGGUCUGUGGACGAAAUCAUUCAGAGUCUUGAUGACAACACUGUCAACCUGCAGAGCAUCUUGGGAAGCAGAUUCGUGGGCCCGUUUCUGCAAACUGUUCACAAAUGGGAAAAAACACUUUCUCUAAUAGGGGAAGUCAUUGAGAUCUGGAUGUUGGUCCAGAGAAAAUGGAUGUAUCUCGAGAGCAUCUUCAUUGGUGGAGACAUCAGAUCUCAGCUUCCCGAUGAGGCGAAAAAGUUUGACAACAUUGACCGAAUGUUUAAAAGGAUCAUGGGCGAGACCCUGAAGGACCCAGUGAUCAAGAGGUGCUGCGAGGCCCCGAACCGCCUGAGCGACCUGCAGCACAUCAGCGAGGGGCUGGAGAAGUGUCAGAAGAGCCUGAACGACUACCUGGAUUCCAAGAGGAACGCCUUCCCCAGGUUCUUCUUCAUCUCUGAUGACGAGCUGCUCAGCAUCCUGGGCAACAGCGACCCGCUCUGCGUCCAGGAGCACAUGAUCAAGAUGUACGACAACAUAGCCCAGCUGCGGUUCCACGAUGGGGACAGCGGGGAGAAGCUGGUGUCCGCCAUGAUCUCGGCGGAGGGCGAGGUGAUGGAGUUCCGCAAGAUCAUCCGGGCCGAGGGCCGCGUGGAGGACUGGAUGACGGCCGUGCUGAAUGAAAUGAGACGGACCAACAGACUGAUUACCAAGGAGGCAAUUUUCAGAUACUGCGAGGACAGGAGCAGAGUGGACUGGAUGCUGCUGUACCAGGGCAUGGUGGUGCUGGCCGCCAGCCAGGUGUGGUGGACCUGGGAGGUGGAGGACGUCUUCCACAAGGUGCAGGCUGGCGAGAAGCAGGCCAUGAAGAACUACGGCAAGAAGAUGCACCGGCAAAUCGAUGAGCUGGUGACGCGGAUCACCAUGUCCCUGAGCAAAAAUGACCGCAAGAAAUACAACACGGUGCUCAUCAUCGACGUGCAUGCCCGGGACAUUGUCGACUCCUUCAUCCGAGGCAGCAUUCUCGAGGCCCGGGAGUUCGAGUGGGAGAGUCAGCUGCGCUUCUACUGGGACCGGGAGCCAGACCAGCUGCACAUCCGCCAGUGCACGGGCACCUUCAGCUACGGCUACGAGUACAUGGGCCUCAAUGGGAGGCUGGUCAUCACGCCCCUCACAGACCGGAUCUACCUGACGCUCACACAGGCCCUGUCCAUGUACCUGGGAGGGGCCCCUGCUGGCCCUGCAGGUACCGGCAAAACUGAGACCACCAAGGACCUCGCCAAAGCUCUGGGCCUGCUCUGUGUCGUGACCAACUGUGGAGAAGGCAUGGAUUACAAAGCAGUGGGGAAGAUCUUCUCGGGCCUGGCCCAGUGUGGAGCGUGGGGCUGCUUCGAUGAGUUCAACCGCAUUGACGCCUCGGUGCUGUCGGUCAUCUCGUCCCAGAUCCAGACCAUCCGGAACGCCCUGAUCCACCAGCUGGCCACGUUCCAGUUUGAAGGACAGGAGAUCACCCUGGACCCGCGGAUGGGCAUCUUCAUCACCAUGAACCCUGGCUACGCGGGGCGCACGGAGCUGCCUGAGUCCGUGAAGGCCCUGUUCCGGCCCGUGGUGGUCAUCGUCCCCGACCUGCAGCAGAUCUGCGAGAUCAUGCUGUUCUCCGAGGGCUUCCUGUUGGCCAAGACGCUGGCCAAGAAGAUGACUGUCCUGUACAAGCUGGCCCGGGAGCAGCUGUCCAAGCAGCACCACUAUGACUUCGGGCUCCGAGCGCUGAAGUCCGUGCUGGUGAUGGCCGGCGAGCUGAAGAGGGGCUCCUCGGAGCUGCAGGAGGACGUGGUGCUCAUGAGGGCCCUGCGGGACAUGAACCUGCCCAAGUUUGUGUUCGAGGACGUCCCUCUUUUCCUGGGCCUGAUUUCUGACCUGUUCCCGGGGCUGGACUGCCCUCGUGUCCGCUACCCUGACUUCAACGAUGCGGUGGAGCAGGUGCUGUCCGAGAGCGGCUACGAACUCCUGCCGGUGCAGGUGGAUAAAGUGGUUCAGAUGUACGAGACCAUGCUCACCCGCCACACCACCAUGAUAGUGGGGCCCACGGGAGGGGGCAAGUCUGUGGUCAUCAACGCUCUGUGUCAGGCCCAGACCAAGCUUGGGCUGGUGACAAAGUUGUACAUCCUGAACCCCAAGGCCAUGAGUGUCAUAGAGCUCUACGGCAUUCUGGACCCCAACACCCGAGACUGGACGGACGGGGUGCUGUCCAACAUCUUCAGGGAGAUCAACAAGCCGACGGAUAAGAAGGAGCGGAAGUAUAUCUUGUUCGAUGGAGACGUGGACGCUCUGUGGGUGGAGAACAUGAACUCCGUGAUGGACGACAACAAGCUGCUGACGCUGGCCAACGGCGAGCGCAUCCGGCUCCAGGCACACUGUGCCCUGCUGUUUGAGGUUGGAGAUUUACAGUACGCCUCCCCUGCAACUGUGUCUCGAUGUGGAAUGGUGUAUGUAGAUCCUAAAAACUUGAAAUACCAACCGUACUGGAAAAAGUGGGUUCAUCAAAUACAAAAUAAGGAGGAGCAAAAAUAUCUGGAUACUCUCUUUGAGAAAUACGUGCCCUACCUCAUGGACGUGAUCGUGGAGGGUAUAGUGGACGGAAGACAAGGGGAGAAGCUGAAGACCAUAGUGCCCCAGACGGACCUAAACAUGGUGACCCAGUUAGCCAAGAUGUUGGACGCCUUACUGGAGGGAGAAAUCGAGGACCCCGACCUGCUGGAGUGCUUCUUCUUGGAGGCCCUGUACUUCUCCCUGGGUGCCUCCCUGCUCGAGGAUGGAAGGAUUAAAUUUGAUGAAAGCGUCAAACGCAUUGCUUCUUUGCCCACUGCUGACACGGAGGAGGUUUGGGCCAAACCUGGGGAACUGCCAGGCCAGCUUCCAACUUUGUACGAGUUUCAUUUUGAUUCCAAACGGAACCAGUGGAUCCCCUGGAGUAAGCUGGUUCCAGAGUAUGUGCAUGACCACCAGAGGAAGUUCAUCGACAUCCUGGUUCACACGGUGGAUACAACCCGCACCACCUGGAUAUUGGAACGAAUGGUCAAAAUUAAGCAGCCUGUUAUUUUUGUUGGUGAAUCUGGCACUUCUAAGACAGCCGCUACCCAGAACUUCCUAAGACACCUCAGUGAAGACACUAAUAUUGUGCUCAUGGUCAGUUUCUCAUCCCGCACCACGUCCAUGGAUAUCCAGAGAAACUUGGAAGCCAACGUGGAAAAGCGGACCAGAGACACCUAUGGCCCCCCCAUGGGCAAAUACCUCCUGGUGUUCAUGGACGACAUGAAUAUGCCCAAGGUGGAUGAAUACGGCACCCAGCAGCCAAUUGCCCUGCUGAAGCUGCUGCUGGAAAAAGGCUACUUGUAUGACCGCGGGAAGGAGCUGAACUGUAAGAACAUCCGGGACCUCGGCUUCAUCGCUGCCAUGGGGAAAGCCGGAGGAGGCCGCAACGAGGUGGACCCCAGGUUCCUUUCACUGUUCAGCACUUUCAACGUGCCGUUCCCUUCAGAGGAGUCCUUGCACCUGAUUUACUUCUCCAUCCUGAAAGGCCACACUGCGGACUUUCACGAGAGCAUCGUGGCAGUGAGUGGCCUGCUGACCUCCUGCACGCUGACGCUCUACAAGAACAUCGUCCAGGACCUGCCGCCCACCCCUUCAAAGUUCCAUUACAUCUUCAACCUCCGUGAUCUCUCCCGGGUGUUCAAUGGCCUUGUGCUCACCAACCCCCAGCGGUUCCAGACGGUGGCUCAGAUGGUGAGAGUCUGGAGGAAUGAGUGUCUGAGGGUCUUCCAUGACCGGCUGAUCAACAAAACAGACAAGCAGCUGGUGCAAGAUCACAUAGGAAACUUGGUUUUGGAGCACUUUGAGGAGGAUGAGGAGGUAGUGAUGAGGGAUCCCAUCCUGUUCGGGGACUUCCGGAUGGCUCUGCAUGAGGAGGAGACACGCAUCUACGAGGACAUCCAGGACUACGAGGCGGCCAAAGCGCUGUUCCAGGAAAUUCUUGAGGAGUACAAUGAGAUCAACACCAGGAUGAACUUGGUGCUCUUCGAUGACGCACUGGAGCACUUGACCCGCGUGCACCGCAUCAUCCGCAUGGACCACGGCCACGCGCUGCUGGUGGGCGUGGGUGGCUCGGGGAAGCAGUUGCUCGCAAGGCUGGCCGCCUUCACGGCUGGCUACGAGGUGUUUGAGAUCCUGCUGAGCCGAGGCUACUCCGAGAACAGCUUCCGGGAGGAUCUGAAGAGCCUUUACAUGAAGCUGGGGCUGGAGAACAAGACGGUGAUGUUCCUGUUCACAGACGCGCACGUGGCUGAGGAGGGCUUCCUGGAGCUCAUCAACAACAUGCUUACUUCAGGGAUCGUCCCUGCGCUGUUCACAGAUGAGGAAAAGGACACCAUUUUCAGCCAGCUUGGACAGGAAGCCCUAAAGCAGGGCAUGGGGCCGGCCAAGGAGUCUGUGUGGCAGUACUUCGUGAACAAGAGUACAAAUAAUCUGCACAUCGUCCUGGGCAUGUCCCCUGUGGGGGACACCCUGAGGACCCGCUGCAGGAAUUUCCCAGGUCUGGUGAAUAACACUGGGAUUGACUGGUUCAUGCCCUGGCCUCCCCAAGCCCUGCACGCAGUCGCCAAGUCAUUUUUAGGGGCUAAUCCCAUGAUCCCAGGAGAAAAUAUAGAAGACCUGGUGGAACACGUGGUCUUGGUCCACGAGUCCGUUGGUGAAUUCAGCAAACAAUUUCUCCAGAAACUGAGGCGCAGCAACUACGUGACGCCUAAGAAUUACCUGGAUUUUAUUAAUACGUACUCGAAGUUGCUGGAUGAGAAGACUCAGUUUAACAUAGCUCAGUGCAAGCGCCUGGAGGGCGGGCUGGACAAGCUGAAGGAGGCCACCAUCCAGCUGGACGAGCUGAACCAGAAGCUGGCUGAGCAGAGGGUCGUGCUGGCUGAGAAGUCAGCUGCCUGCGAGGCCCUGCUGGAGGAGAUCUCCACCAACACCGUCGUAGCGGAGGAGAAGAAGAAGCUGGCGGAGGAGAAGGCCAUCGAGAUAGAGGAGCAGAAUAAGAUCAUCGCGGUGGAGAAAGCGGAGGCCGAGACAGCCCUUGCCGAGGUCAUGCCCAUCCUGGAGGCCGCCAAGCUGGAGCUGCAGAAGCUGGAUAAGUCAGACGUGACAGAGAUCAGGUCCUUUGCCAAGCCCCCGAGGCAGGUGCAGACGGUGUGCGAGUGCAUCCUCAUCAUAAAGGGCUACAAGGAGCUCAACUGGAAGACCGCCAAAGGCAUGAUGUCCGACCCCAACUUCCUGCGGUCUCUGAUGGAGCUCGACUUCGACUCCAUUUCCCAGAGCCAGGUUAAAAGCAUCAAGGGCCUCUUGAAGACCCUCAAUACCACGAUUGAGGAAAUGGAGGCCGUGAGCAAAGCUGGUCUGGGGAUGCUCAAGUUCGUGGAGGCCGUCAUGGGCUACUGUGAUGUCUUCAGGGAGAUCAAGCCCAAGAGAGAAAAGGUGGCCCGGCUGGAGCGGAAUUUCUACCUCACUAAACGGGAACUGGAAAAGAUCCAGAAUGAGUUGGCUGCGAUCCAGAGAGAACUGGAAGCGCUGGGGGCCAAGUACGAGGCCGCCAUCCUCGAGAAGCAGAAGCUCCAGGAGGAAGCCGAGAUCAUGGAGAGGCGGCUGAUUGCCGCGGACAAACUCAUCUCGGGUCUAGGAUCAGAAAACGUCAGGUGGCUGAAAGACCUGGAGGAGCUCCAGCACCGGCGGGUGAAGCUGCUGGGGGACUGUCUGCUGUGCGCGGCCUUCCUGAGCUAUGAGGGCGCCUUCACCUGGGAGUUCCGGGACGAGAUGGUCAAUCAGGUGUGGCAGAGCGACAUCCUGAGGCGGGAGAUCCCCCUGAGCCAGCCUUUCCGACUAGAGAAUCUGCUCACAGAUGACGUUGAGAUCAGCAGGUGGGGCUCCCAGGGCCUGCCCCCCGACGAACUCUCCGUGCAGAAUGGCAUCCUCACCACCCGGGCCAGCCGCUUCCCGCUCUGCAUUGACCCCCAGCAGCAGGCGCUCAACUGGAUCAAGAGAAAGGAGGAGGGGAACAACCUGCGGGUGGCGUCCUUCAACGACUCCGACUUUCUGAAACAGCUGGAGAUGUCCAUCAAGUAUGGGACCCCUUUUCUUUUCCAUGAUGUGGAUGAGUACAUCGACCCUGUGAUUGACAAUGUCCUAGAAAAAAACAUCAAGUACACGCAGGGGCGGCAGUUCAUCAUCCUGGGGGACAAGGAGGUCGACUACGACUCCAACUUCAGGCUCUACCUGAACACCAAGCUGGCCAACCCCAGGUACAGCCCAUCGGUGUUUGGAAAGGCCAUGGUCAUCAACUACACCGUCACACUGAAGGGCCUGGAGGACCAGCUGCUGAGCGUGCUGGUGGCCUUCGAGAGGCGUGAGCUGGAGGAGCAGCGGGAGCAUCUCAUCCAGGAGACGAGUGAGAACAAGAACCUGCUGAAGGACCUGGAGGACUCCCUCCUCCGGGAACUGGCCACCUCCACUGGGAACAUGCUGGAUAACGUGGAGCUGGUGCAGACCCUGGAGGACACCAAGUCCAAGGCCACGGAGGUAUCAGACAAGCUCAAGCUGGCGGAGAAGACAGCCCUGGACAUUGACAGGCUGCGGGAUGGCUACCGGCCGGCGGCCAGGAGGGGGGCCAUCCUGUUCUUCGUGCUGUCCGAGAUGGCGCUGGUGAACUCCAUGUACCAGUACUCCCUGAGCGCCUUCUUGGAGGUCUUCGGGUUGUCCCUGAAGAAAUCGCUGCCAGAUUCUAUCCUCAUGAAGCGGCUCAAGAACAUCAUGGACACCUUGACCUUCAACAUCUACAACUACGGCUGCACAGGGCUGUUCGAGAAGCACAAGUUACUCUUUUCCUUCAAUAUGACCAUCAAGAUAGAGCAAGCCGAGGGAAAAAUCCCCCAGGAAGAAUUGGAUUUCUUUUUAAAAGGAAACAUCUCCCUGGAGAAGAGCCAGAGGAAGAAGCCCUGCCCAUGGUUGUCCGACCAGGGGUGGGAGGAUGUCAUUCUUCUAUCAGAAAUGUUUUCCAAUAACUUUGGGCAGCUUCCUGGUGACGUGGAGGAUAAUAUCACCCUCUGGCAGGAGUGGUACGACUUGGACUCGCUAGAGCAGUUCCCAUUUCCCUUGAAUUACGAUAAACGCGUCACUCCUUUCCAGAGGUUGCUUAUUCUGCGCUGUUUCCGUGUGGACCGGGUGUAUCGGGCGGUGACAGACUAUGUGACCAUAAUCAUGGGGGAGAAGUAUGUGCAGCCCCCGAUGAUCAGCUUUGAAGGCAUUUUUGAGCAGAGCACGCCCAUGUCGCCCAUUGUGUUUAUCCUGAGUCCUGGCUCCGACCCUGCCAGCGACCUCAUGAAACUAGCCGAGAGGACUGGUUUUGGAGGAAACCGCCUCAAAUUUCUCGCAAUGGGUCAAGGUCAAGAAAAGGUGGCCCUGCAGCUGCUGGAGACAGCGGUGGCUCGUGGGCAGUGGCUGAUGCUGCAGAACUGCCACCUUCUGGUCAAGUGGCUGAAAGAGCUGGAGAAGUCCCUGGAGAGGAUCACCAAGCCCCACCCAGACUUCCGCUUGUGGCUCACCACUGACCCCACCAGGGACUUCCCCAUUGGGAUCCUGCAGAAGUCCUUAAAGGUUGUCACGGAGCCACCCAAUGGGCUCAAACUGAACAUGCGGGCAACGUACUUCAAGAUCUCACCCGAGAUGCUGGAGCAGUGCCCGCACACGGCCUUCAAGCCCCUGGUCUACGUGCUGGCCUUCUUCCACGCCGUGGUGCAGGAGAGGAGGAAGUUCGGGAAGAUCGGCUGGAACGUGUCCUACGACUUCAACGAGUCCGACUUCCAGGUCUGCAUGGAAAUUCUGAACACGUACUUAACAAAAGCCUUCCAGCAGCAGGACCCUCGGAUCCCCUGGGGCAGCCUCAAGUACCUGAUCGGGGAGGUCAUGUAUGGAGGACGCGCCAUCGACAGCUUCGACCGCCGCAUUCUGACCACCUACAUGGACGAGUACCUGGGAGACUUCAUUUUUGACACUUUCCAGCCCUUCCACUUCUUCCGGAACAAGGAGGUGGACUACAAAAUCCCUAUUGGUGAUGUGAAGGAUAAAUUUGUUGAAGCCAUCGAGGCGCUCCCGCUUGCCAACACACCUGAGGUGUUUGGCCUUCAUUCCAAUGCCGAGAUUGGGUAUUACACACAGGCAGCUCGGGACAUGUGGGCCCACCUGCUGGAGCUGCAGCCACAGACGGGGGAAUCCAGCAGUGGCAUCAGCCGCGAUGAUUACAUCAGCCAGGUGGCCAAGGACAUCCAAAACAAGAUGCCCAAGGUGUUCGACUUGGACCAGAUCCGGAAGUACCUGGGUGUAGGGAUCACGCCCACCGCGGUGGUGCUCUUGCAGGAGCUGGGGCGCUUCAACAAGCUCGUGACGCGGAUGAGCAAGUCUCUGGCGGAGCUUCAGAGGGCCCUGGCUGGAGAGGUCGGAAUGAGCAAUGAGCUAGAUGAUGUCGCCAGGUCUCUUUUUAUUGGGCAUAUCCCUAAUAUCUGGAGGAAGCUGGCCCCGGACACCUUGAAGUCCCUGGGGAACUGGAUGAUCUAUUUCCUGCGGCGGUUCAGCCAGUACACGCUGUGGGUCAAUGAGGGUGAGCCCCCUGUGAUGUGGCUGUCAGGGCUGCAAAUCCCAGAGUCCUACCUCACAGCCCUGGUGCAGGCCACCUGCCGGAAGAACGGCUGGCCGCUGGACCGGUCCACCCUGUUCACACAAGUGACCAAGUUCCAAGAUGCAGAAGAGGUGAAUGAGCGGGCAGGACAAGGGUGCUUUGUCUCGGGACUAUACCUAGAAGGUGCUGACUGGGACAUAGAAAGGGGAUGUCUGAUCAAGAGCAAACCCAAGGUGCUGGUUGUGGACCUGCCCAUCCUGAAGAUCAUCCCCAUUGAGGUGCACCGCCUGAAGCUGCAGAACACCUUCCGGACGCCCGUCUACACCACCUCCAUGAGAAGGAACGCCAUGGGGGUCGGCCUGGUCUUCGAGGCCGACCUCUUUACCACCAGGCACAUUUCUCACUGGGUGCUGCAGGGGGUCUGCCUCACCCUGAAUAGCGACUAACCCUGGGGUGAAGGAAACCAGGGCAAUGCGUGAGUUCUAGUCUUGAGUGUUGCUGCUCCCUGAAGAGCCCUCAGUCCUGUCGUUCCUUGGGGGGCCUUGGGGGCAGGGAGGAUGACCCUGAUUUUCCUUUCAUUUAAAAUCAGUAUUUGAAUCUUUUUGCAUUAAAUUAACUCAAUGGUUGUAUUUUUUAAAUUGCUUUUAAAAAAUAUAUACAUAUUUGUUUUUA